AUGAUAACACUGCUCUUGUUUAUUGCUCAAUUCAUAAGUAAGGUUGGAGGUGAUAAGCCAAGAAUACAACCCAAUGUUCGGCGGGACCAGUCACAGACGAUUACACUCAAUGAUCAACAGCGUAAAUAUAAUAUAUGCAGACAGUAAUUUCUCCUACGGUAUGAGUUUGGCGAGUAACCGUGACGUCGUCUGUUAUGCAAAUUUUUUUUCGAAAAGGAUUAGGUUUGGAUCAUUUUUAAUCUGUAGUUUGCUAACACGCCGUAUUGUUUCACAACACCUUUCCAAACUGCGUUGUAACAUUGUGCUGUAUUACUCAUACAUACGUAAUACGGUUAAUCCUUUAUUUUGAUAUAAAAAGGCUGCUGAAGGCAUGCUACAAACAGACAUUCAGAUUGAAGACCUUUCCACUGUCAGCUAUCUCAUCCGCUAAAUUGAUGUUAUAUUUUUUGGCAACCGCAGUAAUCGUAUCUACCGGUAAGGGAGUUUGGCGAGAGUUACUGAUAGCAGUUUAGUUAUUUUUUGUUCUAGUCUACUGUCAUCACACAGAUAAAUGGGAUUCUGAGGAUCACAUUCCAAAACUUGGAGAGACCAAUGACCGUGAUGGCCAACGAUCCUCCGACAAAAGAGUCACACAUGCGUUCGGCGAAUUUGAUCCCAGUGGUCGAACGGCCGGUUUCGGCGAAGGCCUGGGUGGACACGAUGGUGGUUUCGGAGGUUUUGCAGAACAGAAUGGGAGAAAAGCAUCUUUUGGGGCAGAUGGAUUCGGCAAUGGAGCUUCGAAAGGAUCAGGAAAUCGAGGCCAUGGUGGAGAACACAACGGCGGAUUAAGUGACCAUAACAAGGCUGGAACGCCAGCACGUUCCAGAAAUGGUGGAGUCGGAGAUAAAGGUUUUGGUGGACAACAGAACGGGAAUAAUGGAUUUGAAGGACAAGGAGGAAACAACCAAUGGCCGAGCAGACGCGGUCGUGCAUCUGUGGAUUCACUGAACACAAAAAUGGUGAUUUGA